GAUCAUCUCGCUGGAUUAACCCAACUCAACCUCUACUUUCCGCCAUGGCUGUCACCGACCUUCUAAACUCAAUUGACUUCGAAUACGAAUCCUUCCCUACCUAUGCAGAUUUCACACUUCUUCCUCUAUUCGCCAUCUUCUUCCCAACUGUUAGAUUUUUCCUCGACAGAUUCCUUUUCGAGCGUGUAGGUAGGUGGUUAAUAUUUGAUAAGGGGCAGCAGAAGCUGGAUGUUGAGACAGAUGACAGGAAUAAGAAGAUACGGAAAUUCAAAGAGUCGGCCUGGAAAUGUGUUUAUUAUCUUUCUGCAGAAAUCCUAGCCCUGGCUGUUACAUACAAUGAACCUUGGUUCACUGACACAAACAGCUUUUGGCUAGGUCCUGGUGAUCAGAGAUGGCCUGACCAGAAAAUGAAGUUAAAACUGAAAGGUCUGUAUAUGUACACGGGUGGAUUCUACACGUACUCCAUCUUUGCGUUGAUUUUCUGGGAAACUAGGCGAUCUGAUUUUGGUGUGUCCAUGGGUCAUCAUGUUGCAACCGUCAUCCUCAUUGCAAUGUCUUAUAUAUGCAGGUUUGCUCGUGCUGGUUCAGUUGUGUUAGCUCUUCAUGAUGCCAGUGAUGUAUUUCUCGAAGUAGGCAAGAUGUCUAAAUACAGUGGCGCAGAAGCACUUGCAAGCUUUUCAUUUAUUCUGUUCGUAUUGUCGUGGGUGGUGCUUCGCCUUAUUUAUUAUCCAUUUUGGAUCCUGUGGAGUACAAGUUACCAAGUAGUUCAGACUUUGGAUAAGGAGAAGCAUGUUAAGGAGGGCCCACUUUACUACUAUGUGUUCAACACCCUGCUUUUCUGCUUGCUCGUUCUUCACAUAUACUGGUGGGUGCUUAUGUACCGCAUGCUUGUUAAACAAAUUCAAGAUAGAGGCAAGCUUAGUGAUGAUGUUCGUUCUGAUUCUGAUAGUGAUAAAGAGCAUGAAGAUUGAUCACUCAUUCCUGUUGGGUUGCUACUCAAGUGCUAAAUAAGAAAUUGUUGAUUUGCAGGUGGAGGGGGGAUGUUUGCCCGAUCACCUUAUAUUUGAUAUGGAAAUGGGUUCAUGCGCUAUUGGACGGACAUGUAUAGAUACAGAGUCAAAUUGCUAUACAAAAUCAACUUUCGUGGUUGCAUGCUGGUUCACAGACAAUUGUUGAUGCUUCUUCGGUUUGUUGAUAGUAGUUUAUCUUGUUUUUAACCGGACCUAUCAUCAUCACCAAGGAACCUUGGUGACAUUGUUGGAUCAACUUCAUUCAUGUACCAUUGAAUUUUCAGUUCACUAGAUGCUGUAAUUGAUUCGGUUUCUAGGCUGCUUCUUAUGCAAAAACCAUUUUGUUUUUUGCCU